AUGAAAGAAACACCUCAUUUACUCAAAUAUCUCCUCGGACCAGAUUCUGGCCAAAAGGGCUUGAAGUUUCGAAGAAAUAUACGAGCUUAUAACUCCAUGUUUGCUUUCACAUCAAUGGGAGGCCGAGUUGAUACGUCGAUCAACAAAUCUAGAGGUCCUUAUGUAUUCCGGAUGAGCGGUCAAAAUUAUCACCACAUUGGUUCGUUAUUGCCAGAUGUUGGGAAAAAACCACAAUUUGCUCAACUAUAUAUAUAUGACACUGAAAAUGAGAUUGGAAACAGAAUCAACACAUUAUCAAGUCAGGGGAGAAAGCCAGAAAUAGAACAUGAAAUUGUCCAAGAAUUAUCUGAAAUGUUGGAUCAACAUAAUAGUUUGGUCAAAUCUUUUCGAAUGGCAAGGGAUAGAUUCAAAGAACAACCUGAAUCAACGUUUCGUUUAAGACUCUUAAGUCGCAGGGCUACAGAUGGUUGUCAGUACAAUAUGCCAACAGCAUCUGAAGUAGCAGGCUUAAUAAUUGGUGAUUUUAGUGAAGCAAACUACCAACGCGACGUUAUUGUAGAGCAUCGAACUAAUGGACUUCAGAGAAUCACUGAUUUGCAUCCAAGUUUCAUGUCUAUGACAUAUCCAUUGCUACACCCUUAUGGUGAAGAUGGAUAUAGAAUUGAUAUACUCUUAAGAGACUUAACUAAGACCUCUUUCAAGAGGCAAAAGUUGACAAUGAGGCAACAUUAUUGUUUUAGGUUGCAGCAAAUAUUAAAUGAGGGGCACACUCUUCUCCGAGCUGGUAGACUACUACAACAAUAUAUAGUUGAUUCUUACAUGGCAAUUGAAAAAGAAAGAUUCCGUUGGAUACGAAAUAAUAAAAAAAAACUCCGAUCAGAUCUUUACUCCGGCUUAAUGGACGCUGUUCAUCGAGGUGAUUCCGAUUGUUCAAGAGUCGGAAAAUCAAUUAUUUUGCCUUCAUCACACACUGGGGGACCACGAUAUAGAGUUCAAAAUUACCAAGAUGCAAUGGCCAUUUGUAAGUGGGCAGGAUAUCCUGAUUUGUUUCUUACUUUCACUUGCAACCCAAAGUGCCCAGAAAUAAAUAAUAUGCUGCAUUUGAUUGGGCAAAAAGAUGAUGACAAUCGAGUGGAUGUCAUAUGCAGAGUUUUUGAGAUAAAGUUAUUCCAACUAAUGCAGGAUCUCAAAAAAGGAAAACCAUUUGGAAAAAUAAUUGCAUCAAAUCAUAUUGAUGAAAUAAUAAGUGCAGAAAUCCCAGACGUACAUAUCGAUCCUGAUGGUUAUAAUGCAGUCAGCAAAUUUAUGAUUCAUGGACCCUGUGGCAAGCUCAAUCCUAACUCUCCGUGUAUGAUGCAAGGCAAGUGCACAAAAUAUUUUCCUAAAAAAUUCACAGACCAAACGAUUGUUGACACAGAUGGCUUUCCGGUUUACAAAAGAAGAAAUACAGGUAUCCGUGUUGAAAAGAAAAAUGUCUUCUUAGAUAAUCGUUAUGUGGUCCCUUAUAAUAGGAAUUUGAUUGUCAAAUUUGAUGCACAUAUUAAUGUUGAGAUUUGCAAUUACUCAAGGUCAGUCAAAUAUCUAUUUAAGUACGUUCAUAAAGGGUCUGAUAGAACAACAGCAACAAUAGAAUCUAUUGACACUGCUGAACAAAUAGAUGAGAUCAAAACAUAUCUUGACUGUAGAUACAUAUCAGCAACUGAAGCUUGCUGGAGAAUCUUCCAGUUUGACAUACAUUACAGACAACCAGCUGUCGAAAGAUUACCAUUCCAUUUGCCUGGAGAGCAUACAAUAAUAUUUGAAGAGAACAAUUGCACCGAAAAUGUGCUUUGCAUACCCGGAAUAGAAAAAACAAAGUUCACUGAAUGGUUAGAGACAAACAAGAAUUAUGAGGAUGCGCGUGAACUAACUUAUUCUGAUUUUCCUACAUGUUGGGUUUGGAAUUCAAAAGACAAAACAUGGACAAGGAGAAAAAGCGGCAUAGCAAUUGGAAGAAUUUACUUUGCACAUCCUUCAACUGGAGAACGCUUCUAUAUGAGAAUGAUGCUCAACUUUGUCAAAGGAAGUACUUCGUUUGAAAGUAUUAGAACAGUAAAUGGAGUGACCUAUCCUACUUUUAAAGCUGCAUGCUAUGCUUUGGGAUUAUUAGAUGAUGAUAAAGAGUGGAUCGAUUGCUUGACUGAAGCUUCAAUUUGGGCAACCGGAAAUGAAUUAAGACAUCUUUUUGUCAUGAUACUCAUUCAUUGUCAGGUUUCCGAUGCAUCACAAAUUUGGAAAUCUAAUUAUACUACAUUGUCAGAAGACAUGGUUUCAUUACAAAGGAAGAGAUUUGGAACGAAGGACCUUCAACUAACUGAACAACAGGUGGAAGCAUACACAUUGUUCGAAAUUGAAGGUAUAAUGAUGAAGAUGGGAAAAAGUCUGAAAGACAUAGAUGGAAUGCCCCUGCCUAAUUCUUCUUUAAUAAGAAACUCGGGUAAUAGAUUGGUCAAUGAAGAGCUUGAAUAUGACCAAGAUCAAUUAAAAAUAUUGCAUGAAAAAUCAUUUGCUGCUUUAAAUCCUUGCCAAAAGUCAGCUUAUGAAGCAAUAAUACAUUCUGUGGAGAAUGAAGAAGGCAAUUUAUUUUUUAUCAAUGGACAUGGCGGUACUGCUCACAAAUCAAUGAAUCAGAUAAAAUAUCCAGUCUGCAAUGUGGUAGUCAUGUCAUUUAUGUCAUUGCUUCGAAUUUUUACCUAA